AUGGACUUAAGGCUUCAUGGUCUCCUCCUUUCCACUACACAAAGGGCCCCAAAGGUCAGCGUUUCUAGUUCAUUUUCACGUAUUAGAGCUCCCCUUACUAUGCAUGAUUCCAACUUUGAAUAUUUUGUUUCAGUCAAAAGUCACAAAAAUAGUUCUGUUACUAGUUAUAGUAGUGGGAGUGAGGCGGAGUAUGAAGGAUUUGUGAGUGGUGAAGAUGAAUUUGAAAGUGCAUCUAAGAGGCAUCUCGAGAGUAACCUAGACGAGGAAGUUCUGGAAGAAACUCAUUUUGUUGAACCUUCUGUGAAGAACCCGGAUGGUGAAAUUGUUCAAAGAAGUGACGAUUUGAAUGAAUUUGCAUUUAGGGACAAUGGCGUAAUUGAGUUUCUAGAAGAGGUUGACAAUUUACUUUUGCAUGAUGAGAAUAAACGAGUUGUAGUCACAGAACAUAGGUUACCUUCUACUUCAUUUGCUGGUGGACAGAGUUCCAGAGAUCAUUCACAGGAGAUCGAUCGACAUGAUAUGACGGACUCAGAUGAAGAGGUAAACUCUGAUAGAGAAAUUGAUGGGUUUUCGGUAAAGCGGUGGUGA